GUCACAUAAUUUCUGUGCCCCUUUGAUAAAAAAAACAAAAAACAAUAUAAUACCAGAAUGGAUGGAUUCUUUGGAAGUUGGAAACUUGUCAAAACUGAAAAUUUCAGUGAAUACUUGACAGCACUUGGUGUUGGAGAGGAAGAGAUCAAUGUUGCCCAAAUAAUUAAACCAACUGUAACCUUUUACAAAGAUGGGGAAUUUAUAGUUCUUAAAACAGAGACCAGCAUUCAUACUGGAGAAGUCUGGUUCAGGCUGGGUGAAGAGUACUUUGAGGUAACCAAGGAUGGCAGACAAUGCAAGAAUGUCAUAACCCUGGACGGAAGCAAACUUGUACAGGUCCAGAAGUGGGACGGUAAACAAAUGACAUUUGUUCGUGAGAUCAAGGGUGCAGACAUGGUCAUGACAGUGAGCUUUGAGAACACUGUAUCCACCCUCACCUAUAAGAAGGUAUAAACAAUGGACCACUAACCAGUCUAGAAGCAUGUUUUAAUGCAAAUAUCCAAUUGUCCUAAAAAUGAGAUUGUUUCCAAAUAUAGAGAUGAGAGGUGUUAUUAGUACAAUUAUAGCUAAAUUUAUUCCAUCACAGACCAAGAAAAAAAUAAAGGCCACAUCAGAUUUUUAAAAAAUGUGUCUGUUUCUAUGUAAUGACAAAUGACUACAAUUCCCACUGGCUUUUGCAGAAAUUAUUAUUAAACCACAAUCUAGUGUUCCAUCUGUUCUUUUGCUUUAUUGCUUAUGCUCUCUGAUUUUGUUUAUGUCCACUCUGGUCCUUUCACUGCUGGUGUCACAAAUACUGAGGUUUUUAUGUAUCAGUACAAGAGCCUUAUCCUAAAAUGGACGAGUGUAAAUUAUGGGUUGAAAUUCUAAUCCGGAGGUUGUUAUGGUCAAAGAAACAUCAAUGGUUGCAUAAAUCUGUUGCUUAGACUCAUGUAUAUAAUGCAGUUUCAGGAAGAUAGGUUGUCUAAGGGUGGAGAGGUGGCUGUUUUUUUUCCUUAAAGAACAUCUUCAGUGCUCAGUUGUUCUAGCAAAGUCCAUUCCCAAACAGUUUGAGUUAAUGCUUCUUAAUAGUAUUUUAUUAAUUCUUUUUUUUUGUCAGUAGCUGGGUACCAGCCUUCCAUCAGCUUGUUUUAUUAGGUAAACGUAAUUGUGAUAUGCUUAAACCGUCUGAGAAAGUAACUAAAAAGUUGACUCUUUGAAUCUUCAGCAAAUUAUAUCAAUGCCCCUGAGGCUACUCUGAUUGGUGUUUACAAACUCCAUAUAUAUUAUUCUAAUGCAUUUUGUAAUGAUCUCACCAUUGUUUGUAGCAUGUAUUUGCAAAAGCCAUUUUAUAAAACUAUAUGGUAUAAUCAGUAAAGUA